AUGGAAAGGGAAGCAAUCGGGAAAGAAGGGGAUAGUUCGGCCAAGGAGCAGCAAUUACGUAAGGCUGUUUACGAUACCAUUGUAGCUUUGUCGGACUGCGUUGUUGAAACAACACUGCAGAAAUUGCUGAAUAAUUUGGAUCAAAGUAGUUGGAUGGAAGUGAUCGAGGAACGUUACCUUGGUCGAAUGUGCGGUUUCCCGCUCUGUACUAAUCCGGUGGAAGUGAAAAAUUCGCAAAAGUAUCGAAUCGAUUUGAAAAAUAAGAAGGUAUUCGAACGAUCUGCUGAAAUUGACAAAUUUUGUUGCGAAGACUGUUUUUUACGUUCUGUUGCAGUGAGGGCGCAGCUAGAAACAGAGCCAUUAUGGAUAAGAGGCAAUGAACGAGUGAAAGUAUUUGAUUUGAACGCCACAAAUAUCAGGCAACAGCAACAGAACACCUGUGACUUUGAAUUCAAUGAAGACCAACAGCUGAUAACAUCACUUGAAAUUUUGAAAAUUGGUGACAUCGUGGAAUCUGAUGAUGAGGAUAAUGACGACGAAAUCAAGACGGAUGAAGAAAAAAGAGAUGAUGAGGAGUUUUACAAUUUUUGUCGAUCUUACCUUACAAUGAGGCCGGGAUUUUCUAGCACUGACGAAAGUACAGACGUGUCUACAAUUGAAAAGGUUAUGAAUGAGACAGUCACGAAAACGGAGAUAGAAGAAAGGAAAAAGAAUGGACAACUUUCUGAAAGUGAAAAAUUGGCUCGCAUACGGAAUAAAUAUAAUCAGAAUAAACUCAAACGACCUCCAAAAAUGAUUGCAGCCAAACCACUUAGUUCACAACUUAGUGAUAAAAUUCCGAAGAAUUUCUAUGAAGAUUUUGAGAAAACACUGUUAGAGUGGUGUGGUCGAGAAACGAUUUGUUAUUUACAAUAUCAUCGCAGAAUGGAUUUAUCGAAUAGUGAAGAUGAAAUAGUUCCUGAAGCAAGAUCGAUCAUGUCCCGGUUUUGUGGAGAUGGUCACGUCACUAAUGAAAGGAUUGAGGGAAAUAUGUUUCUGCCUCCAAUUGAUAGUGUCGAUCAAGCAAAACAACGGAUUUCGGUACUAGUUGAAUUAUUAAAGCCAAGCUGGCGACUUUUGGAGGGAAGACUAGGUAUAAAUGGAUGCGGACAACAAGCCUUAAAUGUUAUUUCCACAUUUAGACUAUCGGCAACAAAUAUUGUUCUUGAAAGGAAGACAUGCAACCUUGCGGUUGCUGUCAUUUUCCGCCUGAUUGCUUAUUGUGAUAGAUCAUUAAUGGAUUUCUAUCCCUCUGAUGCUACUGUGUCGUCCAAAUUUAUGCAGUAUUUGGAACAAAUAGGAUGUGAUGCGAAGUGCUACUUUGAAAUCCUUUCUACUGUCAUGAGUAAACUGGAAUAA